CAGCUGGCCUGUGCAUCCGGGAUGGGGUAGGCCGCUUGGAUGGCCGAGGGACGGCUAACUGUUUGUUGUUCCAAGAGGGGAGGGACCGGAUUUGGCCCAAAGUGCCUCUGCAGUGGCUCUGGGCCCCGCGGCUUCCAGCUGCAUCCCCAGGAGACUGCCGCGGCCUCCGUCCCCAUCCCAAAGGGGCAGAGGACUGUCCCGAGGUACCCAGGGCAGUCUAGCUGUCGGCGACUUCGCUCAGGCCAGGCCAGGCUGCCUGGGGCCAACAGUCCUUUGGAGAACCCGGAAAAGCACUUCUGUUUGCCUGGGCGGCCGCUGGCUCCCAGCAGAAAACAAAGGCGCCUCAGACCCACUGGCUGGCUCCCGCCUGGCCAGGAGGCACCAGCGGGGGGCAGGGGUGGUUUCUCGGAUCCGGCCCACCCCAACCCAGCUUGCACCCCAGCACCCUCGCCCCCCGCUGCUGCCGAGGCCUGCCCUACCCUGUUGGCCCACACCUCCCAAGUGGAACCAGUGCCAGGGACACCCAGAGGGAAGCCAGGACACUGCUCCUCUGCCCGUGUCUCCAGGAUCCCGUGCAGCCAGUGGAGAGCCACUAGUUCCAGUCGAUUCCGUGUUCCCGACUCAGGAUCUGCCAGGGUUGCCCAGGCAGGGUCCCCCUGGGCAACUCCUCUGUGAAGUGGAGCCCGGAGAGCCUCUGGCCCUCGGCCACCUCCUGGGCCCAGCGCCUGCCCCUUCCCUUCGGAAUUCCGGCUCUGCUCCA